AGGGGCGGGGAUUUCCUGGGGAGAGGCAGGCAAGAAAGAAUAAGACUUGGGGCUAGGGGAGGGGGUUCGGAAAGGGGCCGAAUGGCUGCGGAGCCCCUGGCCACAGGCUGUGAAGGUUGCCCAGGCGCCUGACCUGCCCACAUCCCCCACCCCCAGCCAGGUCCUUUACACGCCUCCAAAUAGCUCAGAAAUUGCUCUCCUGUGGACCUUCUGUAUCUAGGUCCCUGGAAAACCUGUUCCAGAGGCAUUUUCCAAAAAGGGCACAACACAGGCCUUUUCCUCUGCCAUGCUCAUAUAUUUGUGGAAUCUUGAAUCUUGCUUCUUUAUGCCCUCAAUUAACAUCUAUUUUCUAUCUCAAAUAUCUGGCAAAGGUACCACAUGAGGAUCAUGCAUAGGGAUACAGAGCAGUCCUCCAAGCCCAUUGUGUCUGGUUACACACACACACACACACACACACACACACACACAGAAUUGCCUUUUGCCAGUCUGGAGUCCAAACAUGGUGAGGUCUACCCAACUCCCCCCUGUAUCCUCACCUCCAGGAUCAUCCCAGAGUUCCCAGGACUCUCAGAUUUGUGACCCUCAACCCCCCCCUAUCCAGUUCUGCCCACCCAGGACCCCUCCUUCUCUGGACAUCCUGUCCACCUCUCCAGGGACUGGGUUCACUUCCCCAUGCUGACAGUCACCUCCUCAGCAGUAGCAGGGCCUUGGGGCCUCCAAGGAGAGGGACUUCAACACUUAGUUUAGAGAAACUGAGAUAAAUCCCCUGGGAUCUCCAGCCUGGGCAGAUCCCCCCCCCCCCAAAUCUCCUUCCCUCAGCCAUUUUUGGAGAUUGAAAGGCUCUGGGGGUGGGGAGGACAGAGAUAUCCGUUAGUUUUUGUAUCCUAAAUGAGGCCUCAUCUUUUCUUAAAAUUAAACACAAUUUAAAAGGCCAUUUCAAGGGUUUGUUGCAGCAACAACCAGCUUCUCCUCUACAGGGUAGAAAAUCCAGCGGUCUGAAGGCGAGCCGAGAAGCCAGGCUGCAAUUCCUCCAAGUAGGCACCAGGUGUCGCUGUGGGCUCGUUGUCCCGGCUACCCCCCAAUUCCAAGAACCAUUUUUUUUCUCCCCCUUCUCUCUCUCUUUCUCUCUCACUCCCUCUCCCCCUUGGUUGGGCUUUGCCAACAUAUCAAGAUGCGUUUCGCCGGCUUCCAUCACUAACCUCCCGGAGGUCAUCAAGCCAAAUUUAUGAGUGGCCGCUCGAGUCACGUGACUCUAUUUAAGGCUCCCUUAUUUGGGAAGAGCGCAUAGGAUAAAGAAAGAGAUAUCUCCACCUAUAAAUUGUGCACUUUGGAGAACAAAAAACCCCUCAACUUCAAAGAGUCACAAAUCACCCUUAAUCAAAAAGGGUGCAGAAAUUUUUUUUGGGCCCUCCCCGCCAUGAGCUCCUACGUAGCCAAUUCAUUCUAUAAGCAGAGCCCCAAUAUCCCUGCCUAUAACAUGCAAACUUGUGGGAACUAUGGAUCGGCCUCAGAGGUGCAGGCAUCCAGGUACUGCUACGGUGGAUUGGACUUAAGCAUCACUUUCCCACCGCCUGCGCCUUCCAACUCUCUCCACGGGGUAGACAUGGCUGCCAACCCCCGGGCUCACCCCGACCGCCCCGCCUGCAGCGCCGCGGCCGCUCCGGGACACGCUCUGGGCAGAGAUGAAGCGGCUCCUCUGAACCCCGGGAUGUACAGUCAGAAGGCGGCUCGCCCAGCGCUGGAGGAGCGAGCUAAGAGCAGUGGGGAGAUCAAAGAGGAGCAGGCGCAGACAGGGCAGCCCGCCGGACUGAGCCAGCCACCGGCCCCGCCACAGAUUUACCCGUGGAUGACCAAACUGCACAUGAGCCACGAGACGGACGGCAAGCGGUCCCGAACCAGUUACACGCGCUACCAGACUCUGGAACUGGAAAAAGAAUUCCACUUUAACCGCUACCUCACUCGCCGCAGGCGCAUAGAGAUCGCCAACAACUUGUGUCUCAACGAGAGACAGAUCAAGAUCUGGUUCCAGAACCGCAGGAUGAAGUGGAAGAAAGAUUCCAAAAUGAAAAGCAAAGAGGCCCUUUAGAGGCAGCGGGGAGGCCCGCAGAUAGCGCCCUGAGCCCGCUUGGGUCCCUGCGCCUUUCCUUUUCGGUUUUCCGCUCUCUAUAUUUUGGGGCAAGGGCGGGGGCUGCAGCACCGGCUCCGGGGCCUCACAGACAAAAGCGCUUUUCCUUGGCAUUCCGCAUCCCCACCGACCCCAGGUUCCCGCGGGGCUGCCCGCGCUGCCCGGACUCCCCUCAGUUCUGCUUAGCACCGGGGGGGGGGGGGGGGGCAGGGCAAGCUCCGCAGGGGCUCUCCAGAGGGCUGUGGUAUAUCGGCUGGUGCCGAAGGAACCCUGGCCUGGGCCGCCUCUCAGGCUUCCAGCCCCAGAGCGGCCUGCCGGAGUUAAGGUCGGCCUUGCGGGCGCCCCAGGCCCCGCGCCCCGACCCUCCAGCCUCCCCUCUCCUUUGUUCCUGGCUUAGGCUGGCCAGGCGGCUGCGGGCUGCGGGCUGGCGAGAGUGGUUGUGCCUGGCGGAGUCCGGCGCCAGACUCGGGGUGCUUCGUUGUGGCGACUAAACUCCUUGUUCGGUUUUUAAAUGAUUUGCAUAUGAAAGGGGGGAAUGACUGUAGGUCCGCCUAGGGUCCCCUCGGUUGCCCUCGGCUCUCCAAACCUUCUCCCCCAUCCCUAAGCCCGGUAACCUCUCCAGCCUGCGCCCUCUGCAUGUCCUCUCAGGUCCUCCCCACCCCACCCCCGCCGCAGACCAUUAGCUAGCUCAACUAUGGGGGUUCCUUGCCACUGGACCCCAGCAAGCAGUCCUAGAGGCUCCUGGCUGCCCAGUAGUCCCUGCCACGACUUUCUGUGCCCUCUUGCCCCCUCGCUGUUGUCCAACUAUUUAUUGACUCCAGGUCUUUCCUGAAACUAUAUUUUGUCAUAUCAAAUAAAGACAAAGAGAGAACAGGACUAAA